CUUUAAGAUAAAUGUGAAGUUUGGUACAUGCAUACUUAUUUAUUACUUUGAUUUGAUUUGUUUCUUUCGUAACAUGUAGUAUACUAUAAUAAAAGGAAAAAUACAAAUAGAGUAAUUUUCAUUGUUACGAGACAUUUCAAGGUUAGCGUGAAUUGGUAUUGUGUAAAUAUACAUGAAAUGCACGGUAGUUUGUUUACGUUUAACCUCUAAGUAUUAUCAACUUGUUUAUCAGUCUUAUAUCUUAAGUUCGGAAGAAUUAUGAAUAAAAGAAAUAAAUCAACGACGAAACACAGUAUACGGCACCAAAAUAAGAAUAUUGACAAUACUGAAGAUGCACCGGUUGAGAAGAUUGUGAAAGUUAACAUAGGAAAUGAAUCACCUCAGUAUUCUUCCGAUUCACAUUUCUCUGGACAUAGUACUCCUAUUCAUAAGAAGAUUUAUGCAAAUAAUAUAGAAGAUUCUCCUGAACUUAACUAUCAUUACAGUCCAAUUUCUCUUCCUUGCACUCAAGAUGGUGGUAAUGAAAUUGCAUGGGAUUGGCAAAGUUCUGGUGCUAAACAUUCUAAUGAUAAGACUAAAUCAGAGAGCAAUCUUAUAGAAACUCCCAAACGAACUAAACAAUUGCAAAAGAAACGAAACUCUAAUUCUCCUUUAUUGCACAAACCACUUAAAAGAAAGCAGGUAAAGAUGGAAAAUAUAGAAAAUAUUGGGAAACUGACAGCUGAAUUGAAAGCCUUAAGUGAGAGGAUGAAAAAUAUGCAACAGAAUUCUAAAGAUCAUACUUCUGCAAGAGUAGAGAAUGAAGAAUGCAAAGAUCAAAGUGUAUUAUUGAUAGAUUUAUUAGUUGAAGAAAAGGACAAUGAAAUGUCAGAAGUCAAUGCCAAUAAUGAUAAGGUGAAAAUAGAUGAUAUUAUCACUGUUAAUAACAAUAAAAAAGAUUCAAAUUAUGAAGAUUUGUUUGAUGAUUCAAUUGAUGAUUCAAUGGUAAAAUGCACUCAAGAAAUUGAAGAAAAGUUGAAUCUGUGUAAGAGUGAAGGAGAUAAUGUAAUGGAAUCAGUCGCUGUGAUCAAAGAAAAAGAAUACUCUUCCACAUCUGAAAAUGAGAUUCGAUGUUUGACAACAUCGAAUAGCUCUACAGGAAGUUUCAUGAAUUCUAAGAGUACUUUAUCAGUUAAUACAAGUAGUUGUUUGAAAACAUAUUCAUACAAUUCAGGAAAAUCGAAUUCUACUUCUAGUGUUCUGUCUUCAAGUGGGAAAGAUACAAGUUUCCGAAAGCCAAAUUUUAAUGAUAGUUUUACAAAUGCACAAAAUAGGAAAAGAACAUUGGAAAAGAAAGAUAUGUUAGAGUUUCCAGAUGAUUCAUUCGACGAUUGUUUAGCAACUUGUUUGGAAGAUGAUAAAGAAAUAUCAAAAUUGUCAGAAUAUGAUUUCAAUUGUUCAAAUACAAACUGUGAUUCGGAUAAUUCUAGGAAGGUUUCUAAAAAAACUACUUCUAAUACAAUGGAUUUUUCACAUAAAAGUAAAUCCAGUAGAUCAGAAAAUUCCAAGUUCUUUAUUAGCGACGAUUUGGUAGAGGAUAUCGAAGCUAAAGAUUAUAAAGAACAAAUACAAAAAUCCUUUGCAGGCAAGAGUGCUUUGGAAAGUAGAAAAUUUUUCAAAACAAAAAGCUUAUCAGAUCAAUAUAUUUAUCACAAUAAAAUCUGCAAUGCGAAUAAUAAAAAGGGUAAAACUGUCUUACCACCCCAAAAGAAAUUUUCAUCAAAUUUAAUUAGUUCAUCAGUAAGAACUAAUUUUCCCACUGUAAAAAAUCAGAGUUUACAUGAGCAUAACAAUGUCACUACUACGGAAAGUGCACGUGAAUUCAACAGAUUCGAAGAGAAGGAACGCGGUAAUUGUAACAUUAAAUAUAAGUCCACUAGUAAUUUAUAUAACAUAAAAGAGGUUGCAAAGGAGUCCCAGUCUGUACAAUGUACUCCCGAAGAAAUAGAAAGAAAGCGAUUAGAAGCAAAAAUGAAAUUAGAAGCGAAACGAAAGUUACAGCAAAACACGAGGUUAACUCAAUCCGAAGUUCUAGUAAAAAAGUCCGUGGAAAGGUGAUAAUCUUUGAUAAAAUAAAACACUGCUACCACGUUCCACAAUGCUGGGCUGUUUUAUUUACAAGCACUCGAGAAUUUAUAAUACACAUCUUUGUGAUUGCUAAAAUAACUGUGUAUUGUUAAAAUAAAUGCGAAGAUACUGAUUUUAAUUAUUGUUAGAAAUUAUGUCAAUAGUUUUGAAAUAGAAGUAAGUUAUAGUUACUAGUACAAUUACUAUUACUUUACAAAAUAUAUAAUUGUCAAUCCUAACCAGGUCAACAUGUGUAUAUGUUAUAUUAAUUCUUAUAUCGUAUAUUUAUUUGAUUGUAAUAUGUAUCGCAAAAUAUGUGCCUUAACAUGAAAUGAAUGUAAAAAUUCAAAUAAAUGAUAGCUAU